AUGAGAGAAUUCGGCAGAUUUGGCCCUCUAAUAGGAGCAGUAGAUGAGGGAACCUCUAUCGUAAAGUUUUUGAUUUUUGCAGCAAACACAUCGGAAGUAUUAACAUACCAUCAAAUAUCAUUAAGACGUUUUAGUCCUCAAGAAGGUUGGAUUGAACAGGAUGCAUUAGAAAUUCUAAAUGCGGUUUUGGAAUGUAUUGAGGUAACAGUAGAUAAUUUAAGAAAACUAGACAUUAAUCCUGAAGAUGUGGUUGGCAUUGGUAUUACAAAUCAAAGAGAAACAACAAUAGUAUGGAACUCUGUUACUGGACAGCCUUUAUAUAGUGCCAUUGUUUGGUUAGAUGUAAGAACUUCAAAAAUUGUAGAUGAUCUGAUUAAAGUAAAAGGAGCACAUUGUGUUAAUGCUGUUACACAGACUAGUGGGCUUCCCCUCUCGACAUAUUUUUCAUCUGUUAAACUGAAAUGGCUACUACAAAAUGUGGCCGAUGUGAACGACGCGGUAACACAUGGCGAAUGCAUGGCUGGUACUGUGGACUCUUGGUUAAUAUGGAACUUAACAGGUGGCACCAAUGGCGGAAUUCAUAUUACAGAUGUUACAAAUGCUUCUCGAACACAGCUUAUGUCAUUGAGGAGCUUGCAGUGGGAUAAGGGAUUGUUACGUUUUUUCGACAUACCAGUAGAAAUAUUACCAAAGAUUAAAAGUUCUGCAGAAAUAUAUGGUUAUAUUUCUUCAGGAUCACUUCUUGGCGUACCGAUUGCUGGGUGUUUGGGGGAUCAGCAAGCAGCCCUCGUUGGACAAGGAUGCAUGCGAUUUGGUCAAGUGAAAUGUACUUACGGCACGGGAUGUUUCCUAUUAUACAAUACAGGAGAUUCAAUUAUACAUUCACAACAAGGACUCCUAACCACAGUUGCUUAUAAACUUGGACAGGAUGCACCACCAGUGUAUGCUUUAGAAGGAUCUGUAGCCAUAGCAGGUGACACAAUGCAAUGGUUACGGGAUGGUUUAGAACUCAUAAGUGAUAUACGCGAUACUGAGUCUCUGGCAGGACAGGUCAGUGAUGACGAUGAAGGAAAUAUUUGUUUCGUACCGGCAUUUAACGGUUUAUAUUCUCCACAUUGGAGGAAAGAUGCGCGUGGGAUAAUUUGCGGCCUAAGUAGUAACACGCGUCGGGAGCAUAUAGUUAAAGCGGCAUUAGAAGCAGUGUGCCAUCAGACUCGUACUGUAGCGACGGCGAUGGAAGCAGACUGUGCGCCACUACAGCGUCUACUAGCAGAUGGCGGCAUGGCGCAGAAUUCUCUCCUUAUGCAAAUGCAAGCCGAUGUUCUGGGCAUUCCUGUAGUUCGCCCUUUGAUGACGGAAAGCACGGCUCUCGGGGUAGCUGUAGUGACUGGCAGAGCAUUACGAGUGUGGCCUGUUAGCACACCGAGCCCACCAGCCGACACUUUCCUGCCUUCAACAUCUUCCGAAGAACGCGAUAUAAGAAGGGUUCGAUGGGAGAAUGCUUUAAGUAGAUGUUUGGGUUGGACAACAGUGACUAGUGAAGAAAAGGAUCUAACCAAACCUGAUGAAACAGACCGCACAGUAGCAGUGAUACCUCCCGGACUGUUCUUCUUAGGCACUGCACUGCUUGUGAUUAUUGCGGAUAAGUUAAAACCCCUAUAA